UCCUCCUCGUCCUCCCCUCCUUCGUCCUCCUCCUCCUCCUCCUCGUCCUCCUCCUUCUCCUCUCCUCUCCUCGUCCCGUCCUCGUCCUCCUCCUCCUCCUCCUCCUCCUCCUCCUCCUCCUCCUCCUCUCCUCGUUCUCCUCUCUCCUCCUCCUCCUCCUCCUCCUCCUCCUCCUCCUCCUCCUCCUCCUCCUCCUCCUCCUCCUCCUCCUCCUCCUCCUCCUCCCCCUCCUCUCUCGUGUACUGCAAGCUGACGGAGCACUCGGGGAACCGCGCCCCCCAGUGCGGCGUGUGUGACUCCCGGUCCCCCGACCCGCGCGCCCGCCACCCCAUCGCCAACGCCAUUGACGGCACCAACUCCUGGUGGCAGAGCCCCUCCCUGGCCGCCGGCAGGAGACUUCAGGUUGCUAUAUUGAAUCGUCAUUCACCCGCAUUUAUACCAGUACCAGAAACUCGCAAAGAUCAGCACUUAACAGAUAUUCAGACAUUCAUUAAAACAAAUGGCUGUCAAAAAGUCCCACCAAAGACAAAACACCUGGUUAAGUGA